AUGGUUUUCUCAUCCAUUCCCGGCUACCUGGAUCCACCCAAUAACUGGCAGCAACAGCAAUCCACUCAUCAUCAUCAGCAACAAGGAGGUGGCACGGAUCAGAAUCAUUCUCAUCUUCUUCCGCCGCCACCACCAUCUUCUAGAGAUGGUGGUAACGGCGGAGCAGGCACGAUUAGACCUGGAUCCAUGUCUGAUCGUGCUAGACAGGCCAAGUUGCCACAGCCCGAGACAGCCCUAAAAUGUCCCCGAUGCGAAUCCACAAACACCAAGUUUUGCUACUUCAACAAUUACAGCCUGACGCAACCGCGCCACUUCUGCAAGACCUGCCGGCGCUACUGGACCCGAGGAGGAGCACUGAGAAGCGUGCCGGUCGGAGGAGGCUGCAGAAGGAACAAAAGAAGCAAAAGAUCAAAGUCACCAGCAUCUGCAUCAGCAGCAGAUCAUCAUCAGCGCCAAGGGGGAGCUGGUUCGAGCUCGAGCACUGUUUCUAACUCCAACAGCUGCAGUACUAGUGAAAAUCUCUUAGGCCAUUUGGCUCCUCCUCCACCACAUCAAUUUCCUUUUCUGCCCUCUUUACAUCAUCUAAGUGACUAUAAUUCCGGCGGCUUAAGUUUCGGGGGAAUUCAACAACAACCUUCUGGUGUUGAAUUUCAUAGUCAGAAUAUUGGUGCUAGUGGAAGUAGUAGUGGUGGUAUUGGGUCUAUUUUGUCAACUGGCCUUGCUGAGCAUUGGAGAUCAUCACUUCAGCAUCAUCAGGUUCAACAAGGGCAGCAAUUUCCUUUCGUGGCUAAUUUGGAGCCACCAAGUAGUCAUGGCUUAUACCAGUUUGAAGGUAAUCAAAAUAAUAAUGCUCAGGAUACAGGAACUUAUGGAAGAGGAGGUGCUCAGCUACUUUCAAAGGCAUUAGUGGAUUCAAGCAUCGGGGCUACUCAGAUGGCUAAUGUGAAAAUGGAAGAAAGCCAAGCACUGAAUAUGUCAAGAAACUUUUUGGGCAGUCUUGGAAACGAUCAUCAUCAGCAAUACUGGAGUAGUACUACUAGUGCUGGAGGCCUCUGAGUUUCAAACCAACCAACAACCCUAACCGUUGAUCGAGUUUUAUCGAAACUUCAACAUUCAAAUGCGACAUAUAUUACGAUGAAAUGGGAAAGAUCGAUGGAGUGAUGAUCUCUAGCUCUUCGUAUUUUUCUCAAACAAGCUUAGAAUGUUAUUUCAGUUG